AUGGAGCCGAAAAGGCAGAGAAUUUCUGCUGAGGAUGCAAUUGCAAGCAUAUUGCAGUUUGUAGAUGAUGAUGAUAGUGGUGAAGAUCCCGAAGGUAAAAUAGCAGAAGCAGAACAAGAGGAAGGAGAACAUGAAGUAGAAGUAGAAGAAGAGCAUGGUGAAAAUGACAACACGGAUGACAUAGUACGAACCACUCGUGCGAACCGAAUAGCAAAAGUGGACAGAAAUAGAAACAAUAACAUACAUUACAAAUUCGAUAACCGCCCAACCAACGUAAACACAGGGCAAAACAUUCAAGCGAAUGUUAUAAGAGGUCGGCAAGGUGUUGCUCCGGUAGCCAAGGGUACCAAAGAUAACAGGAAAUCUUUUGAACAUUUUAUCACUCAUGAUUUGGUUCACAAGAUUGUCAAUUAUACAAACAUAAAAAUUGAAAAGGUUAUCGCUGAACUUCCGGAUGAAUUCGACAAUAAGAAAUACCCGUUUAUAAAACCUACUGUUCCAUCUGAACUUAGUGCAUUUGGGGGACUGUUUUUAUAUAGGGGGCUUUAUAAGCUCAAUACAAUUAGUAUUGAUGAAUUGUUUUCCAACGACUAUGGUCCACCAAUAGUUAGUGCAACUAUGUCACGUAAUCGUUUUACAUUUCUUUUGUCAAACCUUCAAUUUGACGACCAAACAACUCGGGACGGAAGAUGGAAGAAGGAUCGUUUUGCCGCUAUACGAGAACUUUUUGAGGAAUUCAACCAUUGUUGUAUGCUGUGUCUUAUACUGGAUUAUCUUUCUUUAGAUGAGACAUUGUACGCUAUGAGGACACAGAUAGGGUUCAAACAGUACAACCCAAACAAGCCAGUUAAAUAUGGCAUACUAUUCAAGUCCAUAAAUGCAGCUCGUGAUCCAUACAACUUUGUUGCUGCACCAUAUAGUGGAAGAACGAUUAAAGAAGGUGGUGAAUAUUACGUACAAGGUACAGAAGAAAUUGUGAAAUAUUUGAUUGGAAGAUUGAAAAACAUGACGGAACUUGCAGGACGUAAUAUCUCAUUUGACCGUUUAUACACGUCAAUGUCGUUAUCACUCUGGUUGUACGGUAAACACAUUACUAGUAUCAGAACAAUGCAAAUAAUCAGAAAAGGAAUUCCACCAGCAAUAAAAUGUAUGCAAGACCGACAACCAUUAUCAUCAGAGAUUUAUUGGCAACAAGAUGGACGUCGUUGCCUUUCGUCGUACGUAGUGAAGACAGCGACAACAAAAAAAAUUCUACUCUUGUCGACACUUCCCCCGCUAUUAGGAAUUACAAAAGAUGACAACCGCAAUAAAUUAGCCCAGUCCACACUCUAUGAUUUUAUGAAGGGGGGCACUGAUAUGAUCGACCGGAGAAUGGGUUUCCACAGAUGUAAGCCAAAAUCAAGGAAAUGGCCCAUCGUUGUAUUCUCCUAUAUCAUUGAUAAGACACGUGUAAAUAGUGCAACAAUUCACGCACUCAAUCAAAACAAAGAUCCCUGCAAAGUGAAUUCAUAUGAAUAUGUUUUCAAUUUAGUGAUGCAAUUUGUGAAGCCUUUCAUCGAAGAAUGUAAUGUGAGUCCAUUUCAAUGGCAAAUCAAGAACAAGAUCGAGUUGAUCCUUGGCCGGCCGCAACAGCCGCAACAUCUUGAGGCAGUUCCUUCGUUUGACCAUUAA